AUGGACCGAACGCACUCAUUUCAACAACCUACGGCGCGAAUAUCAGCGGCACGCAGCUUGCAGCAGCAAGAAGACAAUCAAAUGUUCGACAUCAUGAAGCGGUCAAUAAUAUUUACCAUGUGCGGUUAUCAGAUUGACUUGCCUCUACGAACAGACCAUCCCGAAAUACCGAACAACAGAAACCAGGCGCUUUCUCGCUUCCACGGUCUAGAGCGUCGGCUUACCGAGCCUUCUAUGCGCGAACUAGCAAGUCGCUACGAGCAAAUCGUCGAAAAACUAAUUUCAUCAGGAACAGUCGUGCCAGUUGCCCGCUCAGCCAUCGACGAGCCGAAAGGCUUGAUUUGUUAUUUGCCACACUUCUUUGUAACCAAUCCAAACAAACCUGGGAAGACCCGUGUCGUUUUCGACGCAGCCGCCCGAUUUCGUUCAAUUUCCUACAACGACUUAUUCUUGAGAGGUCCACCUUCUAUACCAAGCCUCGUCGGCGUACUCCUACGAUCUCGUCAAUUUCGGGUAGCAUUGUCUGCAGAUAUCACCUCCUUCUAUCACCGCGUUGGUGUCGCAAAACAUCACCAGUCACUCCAACGCUUCGUGUACAGAAAAUUCGGCAGUGACGCACAAAUAAACACGUACCAAUUCACAACUCUGAUAUUCGGUGCCAUUUGUUCAUCGUCAGCCGCUGUGUUUGUGUUACAGCAUGCCGCGAACAAAUGCUUUGAAUUCCCAAUCGUCGCAGACAAGAUGAAGGAUAACUUUUACUCCGACAAUAUGAUCGACUCCUUCGAAACGGAAGAGGAGGCAAUGGAUUUCGCACGGCAGGUUACUAAAUCUCUCGAAGCUGGCGGGUUUACCCUAACCGCGUUCGCAUCAUCUUCAGCCAAGGUCCUUAAAUCCAUCCCGAUGCAGCACAGGUCACACCAAAUAAUCGAUCUCAACCUUGACGGGUUGCAAAUAGAGUAUCUACUAGGACUAGAAUGGGAUAUCGCAACGGAUACAUUUGGCAUAAGAACGAGGCAGUUACCUUCUGUGGCAACAAAACGACAGCUAUCAUCCGCUAUUUCACUCGUGUUUGACCCCCUCGGCCUGUGUUUACCUGUCAUAACAGGGGCUAAACUAAUCUUUCAAAAGACGCACAAGGAUUCGCUAGAUGACAGCUCGCGCCGCGGGUGGGACAGCCCUCUACCAGAGGAAACUCUAGUGAAGUGGAAUGAUUGGACCACUCACUUUCACAAGCUGUCUUUCCCUCGCAUUCCUCGGUGUUUCCGUGAUCACAGCUUCCCCCUCCAUGGCACAAGCCUCCGCCUGGUGGUUUACGCCGACGCAUCAUCAGUCGCAUAUGCAUCAGUGGCAUACUUACGCUGCCAAUUCGAACAAAAAGUCGCGGUAAACUUUGUUAUGGCGAAAGGGCGUUUGGCGCCGCUAAAACCAACUACCGUUCCACGUCUUGAGCUAAGAGCAGCCGUUUUGGCCGUGGAGCUGUCGCUCAUUAUCAAAAAGGAACUGCGCCUCCCUAUAGCUGAUGUUGAGUACCACAGCGACUCCCAGAUCGUACUCCAUCAACUGCACUCCAGCGGGACAAAACAGCCCACGUUCGUAAACAAGAGGAGAGAAUACAUCCUUCAACACUCCAAAGUUGAUAGCUGGCACUUCGUUCCUAGCGCUGACAACCCGGCAGACGACUCUACGCGGAGCACGGUGCCUAAAGAUUUCGGAAUUAGCUGCCGAUGGAAUUCCGGCCCGCCAAGGCUGCGUGAUCCAUCUUACGCGCCGGAGCCAUUCAUACCUCUUUCGGUCCGGCCAAGUGAAGAAGAGCCCUCGAAAAAAGAAGAACCACCGGUGGUCAUCGUUAAUCAACUGCAGGCAGGGCCGUCACCAAGUCACCCGCAUGCUGAUGAAAUAUCGAAGCUUAUCAAGAAGGCCGACCAACUGCAUCUCCUUAAGCGGGAGGUUGCCCAGUUAUUACGAUCGGACGCAGCAAAGAAGGAGGAGCUAUCAGCGAAUGAGCUUGCAGAAGCGUUCCGCUUGUGCUUAAAUGUUUCGCAAGACGAAGAGUUCCCCGGUGAGCGGAAGGCCCUACUUAAUAAAGGAAAGAUAAGCAACGGAUCGCCGCUGCGCCGCCUAUGUCCGUAUAUCGACUCGCACGACGGACUAAUGAAGGUUGACGGCCGGUUGCGUCACGCUGAGCUCCCUGCUCGAACCCGUCAUCCCAUCAUCAUCUCUUCCAAUCAUCACCUUACAAGGCUCAUUGUUGAGGAUUGUCAUGUCAAGUUGCAUCAUGCCGGAAUCGAGCACACGCUCAGUGUCGUCCGACAGGACUUCUAUCUUCCCCAGGGACGCAGCACCAUCCGCCGAGCGUUGCGCCAGUGCAUUAAGUGUAGGAUACAGCACGCAAUGCCACAGCCCCCACGCAUGGCCAACCUGCCUAAGGAGCGCCUGCAGGGCUUUGUACGUGUCUUCACCAACGUUGGUCUGGACUGUUUCGGGCCAUUUCACGUCGUCAUCGGAAGGAAAACUGUGAAAAGGUACGGGCUACUCGUCACAUGCCUCGCAUCCCGUGCCGUGCACUUAGAAGUGCUUGAUUCAAUGGACGCGGACUCUUUCAUCAUGGCCCUCCGCCGAUUCAUCUCCUAUCGAGGCUGCCCUAAAGUUAUCUACUCUGAUAACGGCACCAAUAUCGUCGCCGGUCAAAAGGAGCUCGAGCAGGGUAUCGCUAAUCUGAACUCGACCCGAGUCGUAGGAGAGAUGGUGGAUGCAGGAAUCGACUGGCGGAAGUCAGCACCGUCAUGCGCGCACGAAGGAGGCGUCUGGGAGCGUCUCAUUGGAUCCAGUAAGGUGGCAAUGCGGGCCAUCUUGGAGUCUCGCUCCGUCAACGAUGAAGUGCUGCGCACCGUCUUCGCUGAAGUCACCUCCCUUCUUAACAGCCGCCCGCUGACUCAUGUCCACACAGAUCCGUCAGAGCCAGAGCCGCUCACGCCAAAUCACUUCCUGAUCGGUGGACCGCAUCCGCAUCGGGUGCCAGACGACGAACAGGCCUUCGACGGAGUUACCAGGCGCCGAUGGAAGCAGGCGCAGUUUAUCGUAAACCAAUUCUGGCGGCGCUGGAUGCGCGAAUAUCUGCCCAGCUUGAUCGAGCGUAAGAAAUGGGAAAAGUCCGUUCGCCCGUUGCGUGUUGGUGAUAAAGUCCUUAUAAUGGACGAAAACCAUAAGCGAGGAGAGUGGCUCACCGGCAGCAUCACCGCCGUUCACCCUGGCGACGAAGGUGUCAUCCGGAAGGCGACGGUUCAAACUACCCGCUCCACGCUUCUCCGCCCUGCUGUUAAACUUUGUUUAAUUUCAGGUGACAGGAGCGGAUAA